CACACCAUUGCCAUCACCUUGCCCUUGUGAAGGCAGAUAUGGAUAAAGUUUUCAAAGCUGAUAGAAAAUUGAAAGCACUCACAUCCUGUGACGAUGACCUCUUCAAACAAGGAGCUGAACCCACAGAAUUAUGUGACCAACAAAGCCUGAGCCUUUUGCUUCACAAUGCAGUCCAGAUCCCUCGGCAGCUGGGUGAGGUACCUUCAUUUGGAGGCAGCAACAUUGAACCAAGUGUCCGCAGUUGCUUCCAACAUGGCCAGAACAAACCAGAGAUUGAUGUUAAACACUUUGUAGAGUGGAUGAGAUUGGAGCCUCAGUCCAUGGUGUGGCUGCCUGUUCGACACCGUGUGGCAGCUGCUGAAACUGCAAAACAUCAGGCUAAGUGUAACAUCUGCAAAGAGUACCCACUCGUAGGUUUCAGGUGCCGCAGCCUCAAACACUUAAAUUAUGACAUCUGCCGAAGCUGUUUCUUUUCGGGACGCACAUCCAAGGGGCACAAGUUACAUUACCCAAUGGUGGAGUACUGCACUUCAGUGAGUAAUACAUUGUUCCACUUGAUAGAAUUAUUCCGAUCUGUGGAAACUUAG